CUCCCAUUAGAAUCCCUUGGCUCCCCUGCGAAAGGAAUUAACAGUAACAUCUUGUUUAGAAUCCCGUUCUGUCUCCGGAUUAUCGGCCCUGGGUAAUGGAUAGGAGACGAUGUGAGCCGGUUUGGAACGAGUGGGAGUGCUGAGUGUGGACGAACUCUGCACCGCUUACCUUCUUUAGCGACUGAUUGCGCUGCAAGCGACCCUGGUUAUUGAAUUGGAAGGAUGAACACCAGCAAAUGACAUGUGUGCGCGUUUUUGAAUCCAGGCGCUGCAGUUCAGUUUUGCAGGUGAAGUGCUCGAUUCAAAUACAGAUAGCUGCAUGGUAUCGUCCAGGGUUCCAGUUAUGGUCGAUUCUCAUUGAGGAGGGAACAGAGACUGGAUUGGACCCAGAAUAAGGGGAAAUAAAUGAGGGACACGGACUGCAAAUCAACGCACCCUCUGCCCGUAACCACUGAGGGUCUUUCUUUUGUGCAUGAAUAUAAAUCAGAUUGAGUCCGGUUUGGAACACCAGCGCAUGGAUGUCUACCAACCCAUUGUGUCCUUCUGCAACUAUCGGCUACAGAAGGAACGAUCGACAUAUGUGUAGCAGGAUAUCGCAUCCUUUACUACUGGAAGCGGAGGGUUGCUGAAGGAAUUCCACGCAAAGCGAUUUAAAUCCUUAGGCUGCACGGCGCUAUGCCUCGGGACCUGUAGCAUCGUGACUCAUUCUCCAGCAUAUAGGUUAAAAGAUUUCAACUCAAGUGGAAUUAAAAUAGUUUUGCUUCAGCUCCAUGCAAAUUUACAUACUAGGCAGGCGCUGGUGAAAGGGAAAUAUCUACCCCCUACACUAAACCAUGGCCUAAGGAAACUUUAAUAUCGAGGUCAUCUGCUUUAAACGCGCCUCGUUUUACAAAUCCAGGACACUUUGUAAUGCGGGGCAUAUAUUAUACCAGGAUUGUAUACUCUGGAAUGUUAAAACCGACUAUUAUAUAGAACAUCAAAUGCAUACAGGCUAUAGCUACCACUUAUAUUUAACGCAGGUCUAAUACAAUGAUAACGUUAAUGUAGACUAAUGUAAAAAUAAACUCAAAUACCUUUCAGUUUUUUUUAAAUUACUAUUGUACAAUAUGAUGCCUGGAUUUUUAGCGCUUUCGUGCUGCCCUGUGUUGAAUGAAUCAACAGUGUUCUAUAGGUUUUCAUAAGCAAAGGGGAUUUUUCAAGACAAUUUGAUUUUGAGCUUAUGUUAAGCAGUUUUAAUGCCCCCGCUGUUUACCACAUUGUCUCUCUCGUUUAUUGAUAAAGGUGUUUUGGAUGCGAAUCCGCCAGACUGUUGCACGAGCCCGUUCAGAAUUCUGGGUGCCUUAUUCAAGCAAAAUAUGACAGGGUUGAAACCUGAGAUUUUAAUGAUGACUUUUACCGUUAAACGGAACAACUUUCCGCUUCAAAGGAAAACAAACCCCGGUCCUAUAUAUUUGCUGAAUUGAAAAAAAGGGGAGAUUAUUAUUAUUAUUAUUAUUAUUAUUAUUAUUAUUAUUAUUAUUAUUAUUAUUAUUAUUAUUAUUAUUAUUUAUUAUGCCAGAGCCAUUGUUUUUCAAAAGCGUCAGAGAUGAAGGAAAAGUCUAAGAAUGCUGCGAAGACGAGACGAGAAAAAGAAAAUGGAGAAUUCUAUGAACUGGCGAAGUUAUUACCUUUGCCUUCAGCCAUUACAUCUCAGCUGGAUAAAGCUUCCAUUAUCAGGCUGACAACGAGUUACCUGAAGAUGAGGGCCGUCUUUCCAGAGGGGUUAGGAGAUGCAUGGGGGCAGCCGAGUCGCAUGAGUCCCUUGGACAACAUGGCUAAAGAACUGGGGUCCCACCUACUUCAGACUUUAGACGGCUUUGUGUUUGUUGUAGCAUCUGACGGCAAAAUCAUGUACAUCUCAGAAACUGCCUCUGUCCAUUUGGGUCUGUCCCAGGUUGAGUUGACUGGAAACAGUAUUUACGAGUACAUCCAUCCCUCUGAUCACGAUGAGAUGACCGCUGUGUUGACUGCCCACCAGCCCCUGCACCCUCAUCUACUGCAAGAGUAUGAAAUGGAGCGGUCGUUCUUCCUCCGGAUGAAGUGUGUCCUGGCCAAAAGGAACGCAGGCCUUACCUGUGGAGGCUACAAGGUCAUUCACUGCAGUGGCUACCUAAAGAUCCGGCAGUACCUGAUGGACAUGUCUCUCUAUGACUCCUGCUACCAGAUCGUGGGGCUGGUGGCUGUGGGGCACUCCUUGCCCCCCAGUGCCAUCACUGAGAUUAAACUGCACAGCAACAUGUUCAUGUUCAGAGCCAGCCUGGAUCUCAAGCUCAUAUUCCUGGAUUCAAGAGUAGCUGAAUUAACUGGACACGAACCCCAGGACUUGAUUGAGAAGACCUUGUAUCAUCAUGUUCAUGGAUGUGAUGUCUUCCACUUAAGAUAUUCCCAUCACCUAUUGCUGGUAAAAGGUCAGGUCACCACCAAGUACUACAGGCUGCUGUCGAAGCACGGUGGCUGGGUGUGGGUCCAGAGCUACGCCACCAUCGUACACAACAGCCGCUCAUCCAGACCUCACUGUAUAGUGAGUGUCAAUUACGUCUUGACGGAUAUCGAGUACAAGGAGCUCCAGCUCUCCCAAGAUCAGUCUGCAGCCUCCAAGUCUUCAUUCACCUACAGGACCUCCCUGACUGCCUCACAGGACUCACGCAAACAACUCAAAUCCAAAUCCAUUAAACUGAAAACUAAACUAAAAACAGCUCCCUACCCACAGCAAUACAGUUCAUUUCACACAGACAAACUGGAAUGCAGCCAGACUAGUAACUGGAAGGAAAGCCCAACGUAUAGCAACACCCCACCCCAAGAGCACAGCUGCCACUCGGAGAACAGUGAAGUGCUCCACACGCCCCCGUACGGCCUAGCCUUCCCCUACCCUUACGCACACCUCCCUGGGGAAUCUCAAGUGCUGGGUGGAAAGAAGCAGAGCUUUCCCUCCAAGGUGAGACAGCCCCAGGGAUCUCCUUGUGAGGUGGCCAGGCACUACCUGAGCCCCCUGCAGCCCAGAGGAGAGGUCCGCUGGAACUAUGCAAACUCCUGCAUGGCUCGGUCCACCGCAAAAACACAUCACCACAGCCAGGCAAUCAGCGGAACACACCACGUUCCAGGGCCCAUGGCAAACAGAAGAUACAGCAACGAAGCAAUAUCUGAAGGCUUUUCCAGCUGCUCAACCUCCAGACCUAACAGCAGGUUCAAGGAAGAACCUUACGAACAUAACACGGUUGGCCAGGACAAAAUAGAAUCCAGGCUGCACACCCCUCAACAGAUCACUAAAGAAGAAAGCAAGAUGCCGUUCACCCUUGACCCAGAAGACACCCUGGGCUGCAGUGAAAAGCCUUUCCCUGAGUCUCUCAUGCUCAAUAAGUCAAACUGUGACCCCCCAAAACAGCUGAACCAACUGAACCAGCACCUGCCCAUGCAGGCGGUAUUCGAACAGACCAGGAGGCUCUGUAUGAAAGAGUCUCAGUACGGGCACCAUGGCAACCACAGGGCUUUGGAGCAAAUGGACAAUGGUGACCGGGAAACCCCAAAGCUAAUCGACCAAGAGAAUGCUGAUGAGCAGAAGAUGUUCAUGGGCAUGGGGAUGGCCGGGCAAGCCCCCUACGUGUCUCUGAACUUCCAUCACGUUUUAGCCAAGCAUGGCUCCUUCCAGGGGCCACCGUAUGCACUAGCGGGCCAUAUAACGGAAAAUUACAGCUACCGAGCGGAAGAGAAUAACCAGUACAUUUACAAAAACCAAAGCCCUGCUUCUAGUUCUUCACCAGAGACCCACAGAGAAACAGGAAUCCCACAUUAUAUUGGGACAUCUGUGAUUAUAACUAACGAAAGGUGACGCAGCCCCUUCACGGGAAGAAACUAGAAGAACAUAAGAGUCAGGAUUUUAGUUCAGGAGCAUAACAGGGUCACUAUCAGUCCACACUGCAGCAUAUGAUAGUGCUUUUAACUGUGGAACAUUGUAGUGUCUGUGGAUGACUGAUUUGUUUCAUGAUGUGCCAAUAUCAUACCCUUAGCCCUUUCACCCUGAGUCAGAAUGGAAACCUAGGUUAAAUGCUUGAAUAUUUUUUAAAAUCUCUUUAGAAGUGAAUGUAUUUAAUAGAAUGCUGAAUCCUGACUCUAACAGGUAUAAUAGCAUAAAGCCUGGAGUACUAAUGUAACAGUACACUUACUCUUAACUGGUUUGCAAGUGCGCCUGAUGUAAAACGAUUCCUUUAAUACCUUCAUUUGAUAGAUUCUAAUUUGGGAAACUCAUUUUCUGCACUGGGUCCCACAACAUUUAAGUGUAACAGUGUCAAGUAAUCAUAGAGCUAUUUUGUACAUUUACCAAUGACCGUCCUAAAGUGCACGAUCGUGGGCCAGCACGCAGUAAUACAGGGACAGUAAAUUGUGACAUUUUCCAUUUCCAGAUAAGCUGUAGUAGAGUGGUAAUUUGGAGCUCUUAAGAAAAUAGCACAAAAAAUAUUUUAACUAAAAAAAGCACCUGAAUUAUGUCUUGAUCCCGACAAUGCCAAAAUAAACCACAGAUUUGUAGCAAGUUCAAAGUGUUUGUAACAUGGACUAUAAAGGACCAGCACAUAAGUUACUUAAAUGUAAUAUUCUACAAAAGUGAAGCAUUUAAGACUGGGACAGUACGUUCCAGCGUUACAUUUUAAAACACAAGUGGGUAACGCUUUAUAUCAAGUAUCUCUAAUUACAUUGUAAUAACACUUUUAUAUAUACACGCGAUUACAUAGUAAUUACAUUGUGAUUACACUGUAAAAAUACACAACCAUGUGUAUAAAUAGUCUAAUUACAAAAUAUGUUAACUGACGCCAAUAAUAAAGCAUGUCUUUACAUAGUAACUACACAACUAUAUGUGUAAUUACUGUGUUACCAGUGUAAUUAGUGUAGUAAGAUAUACUGUAUAAUGUAAAGUGUUACCCAUGUGUGAAAGCGCUUUUUUUUCUCAACAGCAAAAUAGGAUGCAGUUGCACACUACAAGGGAUAAAUCUCAGUAAUUAUGUGUUUUUUAAAAAAAAAAGGUCAUCAGCACUUUUGGAAUUCUUUAUUCAAAUUUCAAUAUUCAUUGUUAAAUAAUGCCACCAUCGUCUCUCGUCUCCCCAGUGAAAAAGCUUAUCAAUCAUCUAAUUGAAGUGUCACCGUAUGAAAUGCUAUAUGCCAUUUUUACUCGUGUGACAUGCAAUUACACUUUUUUUUAAAAUGUGUAACAGAAACAUGUUUAAACAGAAGUUUAAUACAUGCUGCAACAUGAUUGUAUUUCAUUUAAAAUGAUCAGUAGUAGAAUGCAGUACUGUAUAAAAGGUUGUGCUGUUAAGUGCAAGCCAGCCAACAGCUAUCAUAGUCUGUGCCCAGAGUUUAAAAGCAAGAAAGCCAAAGGUCAUGACUGAAAUUCUAUACAAACUAAUGCGGUUCUGCCUUAUGCUAAUCAAUAGGUAUGCAUACGUUUUUUUUUGGUAAAUGCAAUGUGCUUUAUGUUUCACAUUAACAUGCCAUUGCAAUUUAGAAAUAAAUAUCAAGAAAACUGAUGCUUUUGAUUAUAUCCUCUGCAUUCCUUAGUGGAAAUGGACAUUCAAAAUCAAUAUAAAAACCCAAGCCUUCUCUAGCCUGGCAAUUAACUACAAAUUAAAAGAAGUUCUAACUUAGGUUCUAGUAACAAUUUGCAGCCCUUCUGUUGAAGAUAGUCACACUGUUUGCUCUGUUUAUUUAUGUUAAUACCCAUUUAAUGCAAAACUUUUGCAUUAAAACACACUUGUAUAACCAGCCACUGAAACAAUGACACAAAUAACUGAAAUAGCAAAGCGAACAUAAUGCCAGUACACUCAAACCAGAAAGAAAACAUAUUUGCCGGUUUUGAUGGAAAGCAAUAAGUAGACUUGACUAAACCAAAGCAGGGACCUUUUUCCUUGAGUACAGCCAUAAAUUCAUUCUGCUUAUUUCCUAGUUUGCUGUUAAACACCUGAUCAUCGUUAUUGCGAUGUACAAAGCAUUGUUUUAAACUAUAUUGAAAUCCAGAAAUUGUUGGGUGUUAACAGUAAGCGUAUCUCUUAAUAUGUACAAGGUUUCAUAUGAGCAUGUGCUUGUUUUUUGUUAAGGAGAACCCUUUACUUUUGUUACUACACAUAGGUAGUUUAAAUGCAAGUUCCACAGAACAGUGGCUAUGGAUAGACGCCUGCGUGAUGCAUAUUUCAUUUACACUUUCGAAGGCCUUGAGCGUUGAUUUUUUUCUCAUUAUUAUUAUUUCUGUAACGCUUGCAAAAUAACUCCAUUGUAAAUGUAAGCGUGUUUGUUGUAUUUUUUUUUUUAAUAUGACAAACAUGUACUGUAUGGUAUGUAUUUAUUCCUGUAAAAUACAUAGCAGCUUGCUUAUUUAUUAUGUAAAACAGAUUUCUUAACACAUAAUAAAACAAUACUACUUCCAAAAAAAAGUAGUAGUAAAAAAAAAAAAAACAUGAUACAGUAAAUCUUCUUAUUAUUAAUGUAUUGGAUUUAUAAUGGCCAUGUUCAAUCUAGUUACACUACAGAGGCUAUAAAAAGCAGUAAAUGGCCAAUUCUGUGCAAUCUGUGGUUGAGCAAUGGCUAUGGAAGAACUCAAGUAGCGCACAGCAACAAUUAAAAAAAAAUAAUAAUAAAAGGGAUCUUGCUGAGAUUUAAUUUUAGGGAAGGUGACGGGAAAGGUUGAAGCAUGCGAGUGCAGAUGAGAGGGGGCCUCUUGAGAAGAUGAAAAUUCAGUAUUAUGCAGCUUACAUUAACAGACAGACACGUCUGUAUAGAUUUCUUAUGACCCGGGAGACCCUGCAUCUAAAUUCUUUAAUAGGAUAUUGAGAUGGAAGUUUAUAGAUCAGUAGAUAAGCUAUUUGCGUAAUGAAUUGCUGCUGUUAUAGAGGGGCUUGGGAAACACUUAUAACCUGCAACUGCUAUAGCUUGAGCCCUGCAAGUACUGCUGCCUCUAAGCAUGCUUUCAGUUUGUUGUUCAGAAAGUAAAAGCAGUAUUGGCCAUUGUGUCCUGACUGGAGUUUACAGCUAUGGCCAAAUGUUUUGCAUCAUCCUCUAGAAUUAACUAAUUUUGCUUUAUAAAGUCAAAUGAAACCUGCUGAAUAAAGUUACAUUAAAAUAUUGAAUUACAUACCGCUUUGUAGUUUUCCCAUAGAGACAAAAAUUGAAAAAUGUGACAUUUUGACAUCGAACAUGAAAUACUGUACUACUAUCAUGGCUUGCGGUGGACUUUUGCAAUAUUUUAGUUGAUUACAUGAUGUUAAAUAAAUGAUCUAAAGAAUGUU